AUGCUGUCCCAGGUCCCACUCGCGUCCCUCGACGCACACCCCCCCCCCCCCCCCCAAAACGCGCCGCACCCUUACCACUAUCACUACGCGCCGCGGAAACAAAAAAAUACGGAAAACAUAAAACAGCACAGUCGAGGAUGCUUGAAAACAAAAAUACCGACUAAAGCCACACUCAUCCCCGGCUUCAAUCCCCUCCCGGCUAUCAGUCCUAGCCAAACACAGGAUGAAAACUAA